GAUCCUGGCGGAACAUUUUUCAAUUUCUCUCUCAUUUUUCUUUCUUUCUUUCUACCCCGGCUUGCCAUAGCGACAUGGCAGAACCAGCAGGCCCGUUAAGCGUCCACAGAUCAUUUGUGUCGAUAUGCCCAAGAAAGGGAACAGAAAACGGCUGAAAUUUAAGGCAGGGGACGUUUGUUCGGAAUCAGUGACCGUUGCUGAUUAUGCUGAUGCCGACCCAGCCGUUGUGAAGUCUGGGAGGCUGAAAAAGGCUGUUGCAAAUGCAGUUGAAAAAGAAGUAAAAUUACUGUGCGGCCUGGAAGCAUCUCAUGGUGCUGUAGAGGAGGUCCUCUCGUCUUCAGUGAGUGUCGCAGCCAACGCUUUGGACAGCAGUGAUGACCUCGAUCCCGAAGAAGAUGGAGAAAACGAAACUAAAGAUGCCAGCAAGAAGAAAAACAAGAGGAGAAAGGAAAGCAGUGAGAGCGGUGAUGGCGGGCAGUAUCCAGUGGAUAUUUGGUUAAUGCUUGCCUCCUACAUUCGGCCUGAGGAUGUGUGCAGAUUCGCUCUGAUCUGCAAGAAUGCCUGGACUGUCACUUGCACUGGAGCUUUUUGGACCAGGAUUUACAGAAGGCACUACAAGAUUAAUACUGACCUGCCGUUACGUCUCCAGCCUGACUGCAUUGACAGGAUGGGCUCUUUACGUGCACGUGUGAUUCGCUCCCUUUUCCAUUUCUAUGAGCCGUUCAGCUUGCGUGUCUCGAAAAUUCCUACCCUGCCAGAAUCCACGCCCACAACCUUGCUUAACUCCAAGUGUUUACUGUCCUGGGUCAGAAAGGUUUCAGGGACCCGGCCUGAGGCAUUAUGGGAGUUCAACUUCAAGUUUCUUAAGCAUCAGGGACACAGUAAGAAUGGUUGUGCCAAGUCCUUGUGUCUGCCAAGACAAUACGAAGAUGUCCACCUGAACCCAGACUCUGACUGCUACAUGCUUCAGGUCACCACCCUCAACUUCAUCUUCACCCCUGUGGUCAUGGGCAUGUCGCUAUCCCUCUUCACAAUCAACGUUAGCACAGACAUGCGCCACCACCGUGUCCGCCUGCUGUUCCAGGACUCUCCGCUCCGGUGGGGGAAGAAGAGGGGGGAUCAGGGCGGCACCCAGGUGGUGUUGGAUCCCGUACAGAGUGUAAAGAUCAUGGAGUGGUGGCACCCACAGUACCCCUCCUCAGCCUUUAUAUAGGAGCCAUGCCCUUCUGGCAGGACGUCAAUUCAAUGAGAAGUCUGCAGAUAUCUCAGCCUGACUGCUGAACCAUGGAUUAGGUUUAUUUACUUCUUUUGGAACUUACUAUCCCCAUCAACAUUUUUUAAUCGUCAUUGUUGGAUAAAAUUGUUGUUAAAGAAAGUCAAUAUUUGAUGGCCAUAGAUGGGAUGGAAACCCCACUCCCAUUUUCAAAAUCAAACGUUGGUGCAUGCCCAUCCACCACUGCAACCUCCACACCCAGCGUUUAGUGUUAUUUAAGCAUCAUCAUUUAUCCCAGAUGUAAAUCAUGUCCUGCAGAAUUGUCCACUGUGAAAAAUAACUCUUAGUAAUAUUAGGGCUUGUUAUGUAUAAAAAAACAAAUCUGCCACCUCCACAGGUGAACAAUGGCAGUACCCUCGACAAUUUAUAAAGAAAAACUACAAAAGAUUAGUAGUAGUUUCUCAUUCGACAGCUGAAAGAAAUCAAACGUCAAAUUGCUUUGCAUUGUCAUCUCAAAAUUAACUGACAUGAUCACAGUGGUAUUUGAUAGAUGAUAAAUAUUGAUUUAUUGCCCAGCCCUACAGAUAUGCCAGAGGAACAUGUACAUUCAAGCUCCCGGUUGCAUUCAAAGACUCAAAAUCUGGCGUUAUUUUACAUUCGAGAACAUGUUGCAUAUUGAAUCUACAUGUGUCACACAAGUUUUAUUUUUAACAAGUGAAUGGAUCGGUUCAAGCAUUUGUUCUGCCCUCCCUUUUUUUAUGCUUACAAAAUCUUUAUUUUGCGUUUUGACAAAGUUGCAGCAAGAAAGUUGUGUUAUUUUAAGAUCAUGUGUUUUGCUGAUAUAUUUAAUUAAAGGCAGCCACACUUAGUAUUAUGUAAAUAUUAAUGACACUGCGUUUCACACAAGGGGACAAAGAGAUGAUUUACCUCUGAUGUCGUCAUCUACUUAUCUCCUGAUCUGGGCAAUGUUUGAUUUCUUGUGUUUUUUGGCUUAUAAAUUAUCUUGUUUGUCUCCCUGCUGACUAUGAGCCAUGUACCAUACUGUCUCUCUUGUAGAAUCACGUUCUCAAAUAAUUUGAAGUGGUCUGUCUUAUGAGUCUUGUAUGUGAGUUGAAUCAUACCAAUCACAUUCUUGAAUUGUAUUGGGAGAGAGCUCUCAUUUAUAUUAAUCUAUCCAUGGAUCAGAAAUAGUGGAAGCUAUUUAACCUGGAUUGAUUUGCAUCUAUUUGUGCAUGAAAACAUAUUAAAUUAACCACAAACAUUUCACACUGAUGGAAAAAAAAUAAAGAUAGCGGCAUAUUCUGAUUAGCA